CUUUAUAUUUUAUGUGCUUUUUCAAUUGUUCCUUUUAACUUUAGUCUUUUUCUAUCACAUGAAAGUUUCUCUUUUUCCCAUACACAAUAAUACAUUAACAUGAGCACAUCAAUCUUGAACUAUCUAUGCCAGUACUUCAAAGAAAUGCAAAAUCAUCUAACUUUUCUAUAAUGAAUACAUAAUUAGCUAGUUCAUGUAUUUAGAGUUCUUUUAGCUAAUUUGUAGCCAUGAAGUUCUUGAAUAUCCUUCUUGUUUUGUUCAUAGUUUGUUGUUUAUCAUGGCCUAGUAUGCAAAGCAACUUAGAUACUUAUAUAGUUCAAGUUGAAUCUCCAGAAAGCGAAAUUUCGACUCAAUCAAUGUCGAUGGACUUAGAGGGGUGGUACAAUUCUUUUUUGCCGAAGAGUAUAGCAAGCGCGAGCUCAGAUGAAGAGCAGCGCUUGAUAUACUCAUAUCACAAUGUGAUGAAAGGCUUUGCUGCAAGAUUAUCAGCAGAGGAAGUGAAGGAAAUGGAGAAGAAACCGGGCUUUGUACACGCGUGGCCGGAGAGGAUAUUGUCUUUGCACACUACGCGUACUCCAAGUUUUCUUGGAUUGAAGCAGAACGUUGGGUUGUGGAAGGAUUCCAACUAUGGUAAAGGCGUGAUCGUUGGUGUCUUGGACAGUGGGAUUUUCCCUGACCAUCCUUCAUUUAGCGACGAAGGAAUGCCUCCUCCGCCUGCUAAAUGGAAGGGGAGAUGUGAAUCGAACUUCACUACAAAGUGUAACAAUAAGCUCAUUGGGGCACGGACUUUUCCAAAAGAAAAUGGUUCGCCUAUAGAUGAUGAUGGACACGGUACACACACCGCUAGCACUGCUGCUGGCGGUUUUGUGAAAGGUGCCAAUGUGUAUGGAAAUGCUAAUGGCACUGCCGUUGGCGUUGCCCCUCUUGCUCACCUAGCCAUUUACAAGGUCUGCGAUUCGUUUGGUUGCUCUGAUAGUGGAAUCCUAGCUGCUAUGGAUGCAGCUAUUGAUGACGGAGUUGACAUCCUAUCACUAUCUCUUGGUUCAAGUACUAGUCCCUUUUAUAGUGAUCCUAUUGCACUCGGGGCGUAUAGUGCAACGGAAAGAGGUAUUCUCGUAAGUUGCUCUGCUGGUAAUAGUGGUCCAUCCGAAAGUUCUGUUGCAAAUGAAGCCCCGUGGAUUCUCACAGUAGGCGCGAGCACUCUUGACAGGAAAAUUAAGGCCACGGUUCAGCUUGGAAACAAAAAAGUGUUUGAGGGCGAAUCGUCCUUUCAUGCAAAGGCUUCCAAUACAAGAUUCUUCCCUUUGUUUGAUCCUGCACAAAAUGCUAGUGAGUUUGACAGCUCUUAUUGCGGAUCAGGUACGCUGACUGACCCUGCUGUUAAAGGCAAAAUAGUCUUGUGUAUGGUCGGGGGUGGUUAUACUAGGACUGCAAAAGGACAAGCUGUUAAGGAUGCCGGAGGUGUUGGCAUGAUUCUAAUAAAUAGAAUAGAAGAUGGUUUCACUACAUCAGCUGACGCUCACGUCCUUCCAGCAGUGGAUGUAACUUAUGAAGACGGAAUGAAAAUUGUUGACUAUACGAAUUCAACGAAGAAACCUGUUGCUCGGAUUACAUUCCAAGGAACUAUACUCGGAGAUAAAAAUGCUCCGGUUGUUGCUGGAUUUUCUUCUAGAGGACCAAGCCUAUCUAGUCGUGGAAUCUUAAAGCCUGAUAUUAUUGGUCCUGGGGUUAACAUUCUUGCUGCUUGGCCUACUUCUGUUGAGAAUAACGGCAAGACGAAAUCUACCUUCAACAUUAUUUCGGGUACCUCCAUGUCUUGUCCUCACCUCAGUGGAGUAGCGGCAUUGCUAAAAAGUGCUCACCCCACUUGGUCUCCUGCAGCUAUUAAAUCAGCAAUCAUGACAACCGCUGAUACAACCAGUCUUGCCAAUGGUCCAAUAUUAGAUGAAACACUCCUUCCUGCCAGCAUUUUUGCGUUUGGUGCAGGACAUGUCAAUCCAUCAAGAGCAAAUGACCCGGGACUAAUUUAUGAUACCCCUUUCAAGGACUACGUACCUUAUUUAUGUGGUUUGAAUUACACAAACCGACAGGUUGGAAACCUUCUGCAACGCAAGGUGAGUUGCUCAGAAGUGAAAAGCAUUCCUGAAGCACAGCUAAAUUAUCCUUCAUUUUCCAUAACGCUCGGAGCAAAUUCUCAAACAUAUACUAGAACAGUGACUAAUGUCGGGGAGGUUAAAUCAUCUUACAUUGUGGAAAUACUCUCACCACCAGGAGUUUCCGUGAUUGUUAAGCCCUCUACUCUAAAAUUCUCGAAGAUGAACCAGAAAAGUACAUAUCGUGUGACCUUUUCAAGAACAGCUAAUAGUUCAACCAGUGGUGUAGUUCAAGGAUUCUUGAAAUGGACUAGUAAUAGGCACUCUGUAAGAAGUCCAAUCGCAGUCGUUCUAGAAGAAACCGCAACGUUGGAUUUCUAGUCUCGUUUCAUUUUAAAGGUUAAUUGUUCGAUGUAAUAAGCCUCCAUUCAUUGUUGAAUCCAAAAUGUAGAAUGAAUGCACUUACUACUCAUGACAUUCUAUUAUGCUUGUGCUAUUUCAUUUAAGAGUGGACUACUAGUUUUAUUCUCUUCUA